AUGCUCUGUGAAAUUUGCAUCGACGCACUUCAUGACAGAAAGGGGUGGGUCAGUAGCGACCAGGCCGAAUCCGAACCGACGAUCUUACUAGCUCAUCACGAGUCUAUCGCCAGCCUCGAGGCAUCCGCUCUGGAAGCCUGUGAGAUAUGCCACCCGUUCUGGUCGCAGAUAGAUGAGGAUGAGAGGUCCAAGCUGAGAGACUUUGGUACACAAUGGGCUAAACGCCAAGGCACUGGAGCGAAACUGAGAGUAAACGGCGAGAAGCUCGAGACCUUUGACGGAUUGGUAACAAUUUGUGCUAUAAUUAAUCUCGGUGCGGAAGAUGGCAUGAAGGCCGCAGGCAUGGACAUUUUGCUGUCUAUAUCUCUUGAGUCAGACUUCCGUGAUGAAUGUCCGUUGAGGAGAAAGGAUGUGACUGGGACAUACAUCGUCCAAAAAGGACCUGGCAAAAACUUGGGAAAGAAGACAUCGUUUCUGUCCAACACCACUGCGUCUGAGGAGUCUUGGGCGAAAGCCACCACCUGGAUCGAGACGUGCUGCUCAAACCACCAAGCGUGCAACGUCGAAGCUGCCACUGAGGCGUGGUACCCUACCCGACUGUUGGACUUGUCUGCCCCGGACCUAGACUUCGACACACUUCGUUUGAUCGUUACAUCCGAUGAGGCGUUGGAGUGUAAGCAACGGUACACGACUUUGAGUCACUGCUGGGGCUCGGCGCAGUUCGUUCAGCUCAAGAAGUCCACUUACGGACAGUUUCGGAAAAGGAUUCAGCUGUCCGAUUUCCCCAAGACAUUCCGCGAGGCCGUUGAAGUUACUCGGUGUCUCGGGAUACGUUACCUCUGGAUCGACUCUCUCUGCAUUUUCCAAGACCGAGAUGAUCUCUCUGACUGGCUCGUCGAAGCAGCACUGAUGCACAAGGUCUACUCCCACUCCUACUGCAACAUCUCCGCUGCCGGUUCCCAAGAUAGCUCCAAGGGAUUGUUCUUCAAACGAGAUUCACGAUUGAGUCUUACUGCAGAUGUGACAAUCUGCGCCGAGGGGCUUGGCAUUGGUGAAGAUUAUGUGGACUGUACCAUCAUUGACUUGGAAUUCUGGAGCCACGCAAUUGGCCAGUGUCCUCUCAAUAAACGAGGUUGGGUCUUGCAAGAGCGCCUACUGUCCCCUCGUGUUCUCCAUUUCGGCCGAGAUCAGCUGUACUGGGAGUGCAGAGACCAUGCAGCAGCAGAGUGUUAUCCGGAAGGACUGCCCGAAACACUGCGCAAUGGCGUUCCUGCGAAGUUCAAGAGACUAAACCUGGCAGUGCCCAGUUCCGGCGCUGAUCCACAAGAAGCCGUUGAUCCGUUCGCAUGUCACCGAAUCUGGAACUCGAUCGUACGGUCAUACUCCGAUACUCAUCUUACCAAGGCUUCCGACAAGCUGAUCGCCUUGUCCGGAAUCGCGAAGGACUUUCAAACAAAGAUCAAUGAUACAUACGUUGUGGGCAUGUGGCAUAGCACAUUAGAAUGUAGCCUACUCUGGCACGUAAGUCGCCAAAGCCAAAUCGACGGCUCGCCGUCUGUGCGGCCUGAGCUGUAUCGUGCGCCGACCUUCUCGUGGGCCUCGAUAGAUGGAAGGAUAAACACCGCUGGUCCAAGUAAAGAAAACCUUCUCAUCGAGGUUUUUGACCUCCACCUCGAUCAUGUUUCGCAAGACACGACCGGCCUUGUUACAGGAGGAUAUCUCGAUCUCAAAUGCCAGCCGGGAUCUUUCCAAAUGAUGGUCAACUACAUUGGGGAACUUCAGCAACUCUUCUUGAAAGUGGGUGGCACUAUCGUUAAAUCCAAGCACAAGAAAGAUUGGGACAACGGUGUGUUGGUGCAUUUGGAUGUCGGCCAGAGGAGUUUCGACAACGAGAACACGGCCGGGUCUUUGUACUACGUGCCCUCACAGGAGCAGACUACAGCUGACGAUCCCUUGUCGUAUCUGCUGCUAGUAGCUGUGGACGAGACUCAGACCACGUUCCGUAGGAUAGGAAUCGCGGUGACGGCCGAGGCCGAAGAGAUUGGUCUGCUGAGUACAGUCGAUAAGGAAAUCCGAACGAUCCGGAUUAUCUGA